AUGGCCACCAUCAGCCACCUCUCACUAUUCCUUUUCUUCACUCUAACCCUCUCCGUUCACGCCAAACUGACUCUUAACGCCGCCGACAGCCAUGCCCUCAUCACAAUUCUGGAAGACUUAGGUGUCUCAGGCGAGCUCCAUCGACCGGAAAAUCUCUGCUACACCGACGGAAUAUUCUGUGAGCGGAGGAUUUUAAACGAAUCUUACGUCCAUAGAGUGACUGGGAUUGUGCUCAAAGCUCAAAAUCUGAAAGGGUUUAUCUCGCCGGCGAUUGGGCAGUUAUCGGAGCUCAAAGAACUGUCUUUCCCUGACAAUUACCUUGUUGAUGGUAUCCCACCUCAAAUCGCCAACUGCCGGAAACUUGAAGUUCUGAAAGUCCCCAAUAAUAAACUUUCCGGCCAAGUCCCAGGUGAAUUAUCUUCUCUACUCCGCCUCCGUAUCCUCGAUCUUUCUUCCAAUAAGUUUUCCGGCAACUUGGGUUUCUUGAAAUAUUAUCCAAACCUCGAAAAACUCUCCCUUGAUGAUAACAUGUUCACCGGAAAAGUACCGAUUUCAUUGCGUUCAUUCCGAAACCUCCGGUUCUUCAACAUCUCCGGCAAUAGUUUUUUGGAAGGCCCGUUACCGGCGUUGAACAAGGUGGAAUCUCCAUCGCCGGAUCUGAAGAAGACUAACUACAAACGUGUUCCAAAACGUUAUAUCUUUGCCGAAUCAACAAAUUCAACUGGAAACAGAAGUUCCGAUUCAAACAAUCUCCAAGCUCCGGCUCCGGCUCCAUCUCCGAUGCAAACACCAAAGAAACAUAACAAAAACAGAAAGAAAACAAUGGGUGUGAUCCUUGGGUUUUUUGUUGGAUCAGUUGCAGGAAUCAUUUCCGCGAUUAUCAUGUCAGUGAUAUUCAAACUGGUUGUAAUCCUGAUCAAAACUAGAGGGAAAGAAUCCGGUCCGGCGAUUUUCAGUCAAUCGAUCAAGGCGGAGGAGCUGGCGUUUCUAAAUGACGACGAAGCAGUAGCAGCACUGCAAGUCAUCGGAAGAGGCGGAUGUGGAGAAGUAUACAAAACAGAUAUCCCAGAAGGAAAAAUCAAAACAAUCGCCAUAAAAAAAGUCAUACAAGCUCCAAAAGACGCAGCAGAGCUCACCGAAGAAGACACAAAACUUCUCAACAAAAAAAUGCGCCAAAUCCGAUCCGAAAUCCAAACCGUCGGCCAAAUCCGCCACCGGAAUCUUCUCCCAUUACUGGCUCACCUUUCCCGACCAACCUGCCAUUACUUAGUCUACGAGUUCAUGAAAAACGGCAGCUUACAAGACAUCAUACAGGAGGCUAACAAUGGAACACGAGAGUUCGACUGGCCCACAAGGCAUAGAAUCGCCAUUGGUGUUGCAUCUGGGCUUGAAUAUCUCCACUUGAGCCACACCCCUCGUAUAGUCCACCGUGACCUAAAACCUGCAAAUGUUCUCCUUGAUGACGACAUGGAAGCUCGAAUUGCUGAUUUUGGGCUUGCAAAAUCAAUACCUGAAGCCCAAACACACAUGACAAGUUCGAAUGUUGCAGGGACUUUAGGGUACAUAGCACCGGAAUAUCAUCAAACGAUGAAGUUUACAGAUAAAUGUGAUAUUUACAGUUUCGGUGUGUUGCUGGGAGUUCUGGUGAUCGGAAAGCUUCCAUCUGAUGAUUUUUUUCAGCACACAUCGGAAGUUAGUUUGGUGAAAUGGAUGAGGAAGGUGAUGACUUCGGAUAAUCCGAAAGAAGCGAUUGAUCCAAGCCUUUUGGAAAAUGGAUACGAGGAACAAAUGCUUCUUGUUCUUAAGAUUGCGUGUUUCUGUACAUUGGAUAAUCCAAAAGAGAGGCCGAAUAGUAAGGAUUGUAGGGUUAUGUUGGCUCAGAUCGAUACUCCUAAUUUAGUUUCACAAAAUGUUAAUUAA